AUGGAGCCACCGACCGACACUGAGAACUCCCGGCUGGUCAGCCCGCGGGGCGCCCGCGCCGACAGCAGCCUGCGCCUCAAAAGUCUAUUUGCAGGUUCCUCGGACACCCUGGCGCCACCUGACCCCCCGGGCCUGGAUUCCUGCUGCCACUGCAGCCCCCCCAUCCCUAUCCCAGGCCCGGGGAGGCUCCAGGCUCGGCGACAGCUGAGCAUCGCCUGCGCUGUCUGCUGCAUCUUCAUGGUCGGGGAGGUGAUAGGCGGGUACCUGGCACACAGCCUGGCCAUCAUGACGGAUGCGGCUCACCUGCUGACGGAUGUGGGCAGCAUGUCUGUCAGCCUUUUCUCCCUCUGGAUCUCCACCCACCCACCCACCAAGACCAUGACCUUUGGCUGGCACCGCUCAGAGACUAUGGGAGCACUGGCCUCUGUGCUCUCCAUCUGGGUGGUGACCGGGGUUCUUGUCUACCUGGCGGCUGCCCGCAUCAUCAGCAAUGACUACGAGAUUGAGGCACGAGCCAUGCUGGCUACCUCUGCCAGUGCUGUCGGCAUCAACUUGGUCAUGGCCUACAUCCUGCACCGGGGACCCACCAGCCACGGCCACAGCCAUGGCACACAGGGCUACGAGCAGCUGGAGAGCACUAGGGGCUGCCUGCCUGGCUAUGCCCCUGUGCCCGGCAGCACCAGCAUCCGUGCAGCCUUCAUCCAUGUGGUGGGUGACUUGCUGCAGAGCAUUGGAGUCCUCAUGGCUGCCACCAUCAUCUACUUCAAGCCUCAGUUGAAGAUUGCAGAUCCCAUCAGCACCCUCUUCUUCUCCAUUUUCGUCCUUGGCUCCACCUUGACCAUCCUAAGGGAUGUCUUCAGGGUCCUCAUGGAAGGGUCACCACGGGGUCUCCAGUUCGAUGCGGUGAAGGAGACGCUGCUGGGGGUGAGUGGGGUGAAGGGCACCCAUGACCUGCACCUCUGGGCCCUGACGCUGAGCCACCACGCUGUGUCGGUGCAUGUGGCUGUCGAGUCCAGCGCUGACCCCGAGAUGGUGCUGCGGGAUGCCGUGACCCAGCUCCAGACCAAGUUUGGCUUUGCCUCGUGCACAGUGCAGGUGGAGCCGUAUCAGGAGGACAUGGCCACCUGCCACCACUGCCAGGACCCCUGUGCCUGA